AUGCCGACCGCCGCGCCGGAGCUGAUCAUUGCCAUUGUCGCUGUCGGGGCACAGUACCGCUUCCAGAGAGAGCAAGGCCUGCAGCUCUGCGAAUGCGCCCGGGCCUUGAUAUCCUGGCGACUGGCUGAGCUCGACCAGCCCCCAAAGGACGAUAUUCACGCAAGAAACUACGAUUUCACUCCCCAGUCUGGCGGAGGGACUGUAGCAUCGUCAAGCAAUAAUCCUAGCCCUGCGUUGGGCUUCUUGCAAAACUCACCCACUGGUCGACCAUCUGUGGACGCGACGACGCAACUACUACAAGCUAUGAUUAUGAUAAUGGCGCUAGGGACCUGGAACCAGCCUCGCGACCUCAAGAAGUCUGUUCACCUAGGAAUGCAACUCGCAGUGCUCCUUCGUGAGUCCGGGUUGACAGAGCCAGCCGUCCCCAGCAUGAACUUGACAUGGGAGGAGUGGGUUAUACUCGAGUCGCAACGCCGGACUAAAUUGGUGGCCUACUGCUUCCUCAACCUACACUCGAUUGCCUAUAACUGGUCUCCCCAAAUUUUAAACGAUAGCAUCGAGCUCAACCUUCCCUGCGGGGAAAACAUCUGGAGGGCAGAAGAUGCAGUUACGUGGGCGACCUUACGCAGUCAAGAUCUUGCGUCCGAUAUCAGCUUCAAGCAGGCUUAUGAGAGCUUGUUCGAGAAACAACAACGAGAUCAAGCCGGCCGCCGUUUCAGCUCUUUUGGAACUUACAUAAUGGCGCAUGCGAUCCUCCAGCAAGUCUUCUACGCACGCCAAGCGACACCCAGUUUCGAGGGGGGGAAGACAGCGUCACUUCCCGAAAACGCGCUGAAUGUCCUGGAGGAGGCAUUGAGUCGAUGGCAGAAGAACUGGGAGUCAUCAGAGGACUCAUCCAUUGAUCCCUCAUCCCCGAGCGGACCGCUCAGCUUCAACUCAACGGCCCUGUUUCGCCUGGCAUAUGUACGCAUGCAUGCCGACCUCGGUGCUUAUCGACGGCUGGAAACCUUCGACCCGGUACGAAUCGCCCACAGCCUCAGCCAAGUGCCUCAUCUCGCGCGAUCUGUUCACGUCUUCCGGGCCGUGCUUCAGUGCAUCCACUCGUUGAGUAUACCAGUGCGGAUCGGAAUCGAGUUCGUCUCACGAACACACUCCUGGAGCAUCAUCCACAGUCUCUGCAACUUCGAAUGCGCUGCUUUCCUGAGCCAGUGGCUGAAUUGCGUGGCGACCAAGACUGGCGAUGGGCAGGUGGCUCUGGAUGGUGAGCUUAGGCUUGCGCACCUGGUGCAGGGAGUCCUUCGGGAGACGAGCUUUGGACAGGAAAUCGAUGACGAGGAAAACCUUUCGAGGAGGUGCAAGCGAAUGGCUGCAGCUGUGGCCCAGGUCUGUUCCCAGACAUUGAGAGGGGCUCACGUCUGGCAGAUUAUGGACGUCAUGGCAACGGCACUUGAGAGGAGAGCUGACAUGUUCUGA